AUGGAAAUCGCGAAACAGGACCAAAAUGUGAAAAAUAACAAAAACAGUGAAAAUGAUGGAAGUAGUGAGCAAGUCGAAAAUGCUGGAAAUUACGAAAAGUACCCGUGGGACUUAACAAGUGAAAUGGACAGAAAUAGUGAAAAUGAUGAAGAUGGAAAAAGUGAGAACGACAAGGAUGGUGGUAAUGACGAAGAUUGUGAAAAUGACGAAAAUGGUAAAUAUGAUGGAAAUGGUGGAAAGGUCGGAACUGUGAAAAAUAAUGAAAAAAGUGAAGAUUAUGACAUUGGUGAGAAUGAUGACAGUAGUGAAGAGAAUGGGAAACGUAAAAGCAAAGAGGAUAGUGGAAAUGACGAAGAUGAUAAAAAUGACGAAGAUAUUGAAAAUGACAAAGAUGGUCAAAAGGUCAAAAAUGUCGAAAAUGACGGAACUAGUAAUGAUUAUGAAAAUAGUGGUAAUGAUGAAAAUCUCGAGGAUGACGAGAAUAGUGAAAACGACGAAAAUACUGAAGACAUAGAUAUAUUGAACUCAAUCAGACAAGUUCCGAAAGGUCAGAGUCGUAAGGUAGUAGGUCGCAAAAUAAGAGCGCCAGCCCAGGGCGCCAUCUGCAUUUUAUGGUAA